AUGGGUACCAGGAUGAUGUCAGGAACCCUAGAACAGGGUUUUGUGGGUUUUAAACCUAGCCAGACUGAAAAGCCUUGUAAGAAAAUCCCUGAAGAAAAGGAUUCUGUGUUUGUGCGUAAUCAUAGUAAUAAAUGUUCGACAAACGAUGUUAAUAACACUCGCCCGGAUGUAAAUGUAAAUGUAAAUGAUGUUAAAUUAGCUUGGAUAUUCGGUAAAAGGAGCACAAGAGAAUCUACAGUUAGUGAUGGUGUUGAUGGACAUAAUGAGCUCAAUAAAGGUUGUGGCUCGGUUAAUUUUACCGAUCAUAAGACGUCAGUUUUAGGGAUUUUCGAUGAAAGAAUCAAUAAAGACGUGCCAAAUGUGGGUUUUGAAGUUGAUAAGUUUGAGGGAUGUGUCAUAAAAAGCGAUGAUGUGUCUCUUUGUCCCGAGCCCAGUUCGCCCACGGAUAUAGAAUUUUCCGGAGAAGAUAUUAGCUUGUUCGUGGAAGUUUUCGGCCCAUUGGAUGUGAAGGAGGAAGUUAAAAAAGAUGGUUUGCUCGAAAAAAAUGGAAAAAACACUGAUAAAAAUUUGAUUUUCAAGAAUGAAAGGGAAAACUUUGAUGUGGGGGACUUGGUUUGGGCUAAAACCCAAACCCCACUUUGGUGGCCCGGGAUAAUAUCCGAUCCUUCGAGUAACGAAGCAAAAUCCGGUAAAAGAAGUGCCUUCCUCGUCAAAUACUUUGGGCAUGCAAAUCCCAUCUGGUGCAGCAAUUCGGACUUGAAGCCAUUUAUCGAGUAUUACGAACAGCUGUCCAGGCAGAACACUUCUAGAAGCUUCCGUGGCUCGGUCGAGAAGGCUUUGUCUGUGUUCGGUCAACGUGUGAAGUCAAAGAUGACGUGCCCUUGCUUUUCUAAAGAAAAUACUUUUACACUGGCGGAUACAAAAGGUAAAAAAAUCGACGAUGAUUUUCUAUCCUUGUCCUGUUUUGAUCCUGUGUCGUUUUUGAAGUGUGUCCGAAAAUUCGCCAGCUCGUGUUGUUCGCCUGGUAAAAUCGAGUUGACGGUGGUGAAAAAUCGGCUCUCGUCGUUUUACCUUUCAUCCGGCCAUAGUGAGCUGCUUACGGAUGAAGUCAAAGUUGAAGGCUGUAACUAUAAUUACGGAGGCCGUGAAAAAUCGUCCAGGGUUAGGAAGAAGAGAAUCCCGAGCGAUUAUGAUGACCUUGCUUCUGCGGAUAAAGUUUUAUCUUCUUCUUCUUCCAAAUAUCAUAGGGAAAGGAAAAAGAGCAAGUUUUUAUCCUCUCCUUUUGUGAAAGUGCAUCAUGUUGUCAGUAUAGCAGACGACAUUAAUGCUCCUUCAUCCGAACUGCUAGCCGAACUCCGCUCGACUGUUUGUGAUCCGCUUUAUCUCAAAGGAAGCAAAUAUUCUGAUUCGUUCGAGAAGUUUUACUGUAGUUUUCGCUCGUAUGCAUUUCUGAAUGCUGAUAUUAUAGCUGAUAAGGAGGAGGCUCGAGUCAAUCAAGAAACGAAACGCGAGAAAACCCGCAAGGAAACUAAAGGGCAGAAGAAGAAAGGAACUAAGUCGGUGAAGAAAAAAGAAGAAUCAGAUAAUUCACGUUUGAAUCUCGAUUCCAUCAGCAAAUUACCCAACAUUGCUGAAUCUUUUCUAGGUCAAGUGGGGCCCAAAGCUGGUGUAAAUAAGGUGACAUGUCAGCAGCCCUUGCAACAGCCGGCCGAGAUUGAGAAAAUUUCCCCACAAAUGGAGCUCGGAAAUGGAAAGGGCAUUAUUAAUAAAAUGUCCGAUUUUUUCGAUUGGGUCCCACAAACCGAGCCCCCUGAAAUCAUCGUCAACGACAGCUCAACGUCCGAUGGAACACAUCAGCAGCAAAAACGGGCCCGAAAGGAAGAUCCAGGUGGCAGUCUCGUCUUGAAAUUUGCGCUGGGGGGUUCUGAUUUGCCGUCUGUAGAAACGCUGGUCAGAAAAUUCUCGAGAUACGGGCUCGUGAAGGUGACCGAGAUUCGGGCCCUGAACUCGACCACCGUCGAAAUCCCGUAUGAGAGGACUUCUGAUCUGUGUUUUGCCCACCGGAGUUUGGAGAGUGACCGGCCUUUCGGGCCGGAUCUUGUGGGCUUCGAUCUCAACUGCCCGCAUGUGAAGGUGGAGAAAAAUUCACAAAAAAGCCCUGUUCUCACAAUUGGGCCUCUUCACAGGCCCGCUCCUCUGGAUAUCGGGUUCAUGAAGCAGAAUGUUGAAAUGAUGAAGGCUACUUUGGAGAAAAUGGGGGAUAAAAUCCCGAGGGAUGCAAAAGCCAAGCUGGAGAAUGAGAUUCGAGCUUUUCUUGGUAAGAUUGGGAACAUAACCGGAGGCUCGUCAUCCUCUUGA